CUCUUUAUUGACGCACAGAACCGGAAUAUGAAGCAUGGCUGCUGAAGGCGAAAAGAAACCUGUGCUGGAGAUGGUCCAGGCUGAUGGAGGUGAUGAGGGCUGUGUGACAUUUGUGCUACAUAAUGAAGAUCAUACCCUGGGAAACUCUCUCAGAUAUAUGAUCAUGAAGACUGUGGACGUGGAUUUUUGUGGCUACACCAUCACCCAUCCGUCUGAGAGCAAGAUCAACUUUCGCAUUCAGACACGAGGGGGGGUCCCAGCCACAGAGCCGCUGCGGAGGGGCCUGAGGGAUCUCACUGAAGUUUCUCAACAUGUUCUCAACACAUUUCAGGCACGAGUUGACGAGUUCAAGGAAAGGCAGGAGCAGCCCAUGGACUAAAGAGCAUCACAUGUGGAGGGCUAUUAAGAUGUCAGACAGUUUUCGACAAACAAACCGGAAAGAAACGUGUUACCAUGAUCUGUACAUUUGUUAUGUUCGGGGAGCCCUUUGAUCAUGUCACUUUCAAACAUUUGUACAGUUUUCUUUUUUCAUAUUAUGUUGGGAUUGAUGUAUCAUAAAUGUUUAUGAUACAUUUGUUUCAGUCCUGUGUUGAUCAAUCCUAGACUUUUGAAGCGAUUAGCGAAUAAAAAUACAUAUAACUGA